CCCUACUCCUAUUACGCUCUUACACUACCUAGAUUGAACCACUGCUCUCACCAGGACCACAAACGCAGAGACACAACUGAUGAAAGCACUGCCAAGUCACUUAGAGAGGGAUCAACUUUGAAAAUGACUGCAGAUUUAAAAGAAAACUAGCUAAAAGGGGAAACUGCAAUCCUUUGUUUCUCCAUGGACUUUUCAUUUCAGGACAAUCAAGCAGAAAGAGCACACUGGGAAUCUUUACUUGGACUGGAUUGUGAGAUUUUGUGAAGGACAACUUCAGUUUGGAGAGGAGAAUGAGACUGUAAGUGCGUCUUUAACAGUCAUCUGUCACAAUGUCGAACUCUACUUAUCUCUGCCUGAGGGCAGUUUUCCUGGUGUGUUUUGUUCACCCUUUAAUCCAAGGACUAAGCGCAGAUGCAAAUGUGGUCCAGAGUCCUCGUCUGGAACCGAAUCUCACUGGACUUCCAAUAGUUACGUUUGAAUGGCAUCAUGUUCAGACCCCAUACCUGGUGAUAAUUUGGGUAUUUGUGGCUGCACUGGCUAAACUAUCAGUGAUUGAACUAAACCAUCAUGUCACCAGUGUGAUCCCAGAGAGUGGAAUGCUCAUCAUCGUGGGCUUUAUUUUGGGAGGAAUCGUCUGGGGAGCAGACAAGGCGCAGACUUUCAAACUGCUCCCUACCACUUUCUUCUUCUACUUGCUGCCCCAAAUCAUUUUGGAUGCAAGUUACUUUAUGCCCAACAAGCUAUUUUUCAGCAACCUGGGUGCCAUUCUCAUUUACGCCAUCUUUGGAACCUGCUGGAACGCAGCCACAGUAGGCCUGUCGCUUUGGGGCUGCUAUGAGGCUGGAGCGAUGGGUGACUUGGACAUCGGUCUCCUGCAGUUCCUGUUGUUUGGUAGUUUAAUAGCCGCGGUGGACCCAGUGGCUGUGAUUGCUGUUUUCGAGGAAGUGCAUGUGAAUGAGGUGCUCUUUAUCUUGGUGUUUGGGGAGUCUCUGCUUAAUGAUGGCGUCACGGUGGUGCUUUACAAAGUAUUUGAUGCUUUUGUUGCUCUUGGGGGACCAAGGAUUGACGCCACAGAGAUUUUUAAGGGCAUAUUUUCAUUUGUUGUGGUGGCAUUUGGAGGCUCGUUUCUUGGCGUUGUGUUUGCCAUCCUGCUGUCCCUGCUGACCAGAUGCACCAAACACAUUCAGAUCAUCGAAGCCGGCUUUGUCUUUGUGGUGGGAUACCUGGCUUACCUGACAGCAGAAAUGCUCUCUCUCUCUGCUAUUCUUUCGAUCACUUUCUGUGGUGUUUGCUGUCAAAAGUAUGUGAACGCCAACAUGGACGAGAAAUCGGUCACAACGGUUCGUCAUGCCAUGAAGGUGCUUGCGAAUGGCUCCGAAACCAUGAUCUUUCUAUUCUUGGGCAUUACAGCCAUUGAUACGGAAAUAUGGGUUUGGAACACAGGUUUCAUUCUCCUCACUCUCCUCUUCAUGUUUAUCUACAGGAUCAUAGGUGUUUUCUUGUUUACUUGGUUGUUAAACAAGUUCAGAUUGGUUCCCAUCGAGGUCAUUGACCAGGUUGUAAUGAGCUACGGUGGCCUGCGGGGGGCAGUAGCGUACGGAUUAGCAGCAAUGCUAGACAAAGACAAGAUCCCAGAGAAGAAUCUGAUGAUUAGUACCACACUCGUUGUGGUGUAUUUCACUGUCAUUAUUCAGGGAAUCACAAUGAAGCCAUUGGUUCAGUGGCUCAAGGUCAAAAGAGCAGCUCAUUCGGACUUGAAACUUGUUGAGAAACUGAACAAUAGGGCAUUUGACCACAUACUAGCAGCAGUGGAGGACAUUUGUGGUCGUAUUGGAGAUAACUGGUGGACCAGAGGUUGGAACAGGUUUGAGGAGAAGUAUAUCUGCAGGAUAUUGAUGAAACCUAAGGCCAGAAAAAACAAAGACUACCUCUUCAAUAUCUUCCACAAACUCAAUCUGGAGGAUGCUAUGAACUACGUCAGUGAGGGUGAACGCCAAGGUUCUCUGGCCUUCAUUCGUAGUGAUGAAGCAGCCAACAUAGAUUUCAAAAAACAAUAUGGUUCAGAAUUUUCAGAUGUGAUGCCUGAUAUAAUGGUUGAUAUGUCAAAUUACGAGUUUGGAAUCGAAAAUGUGUCAGUAACCUCCAUUGUAAAAGACACUAUUCCCUCAAUAUCUCGAGAUAUCCAUGGACAAGACAGGAAAAAUGCGGUGGAUGACAUCAAUGCCCAUCAUCUUCUACAGCAGCACCUGUACAGGAGCAGAAAGCAUCACCGUCACAAAUACAGCCGCAGUCACUUCAGCAUCAACCAGAGUGAAGACGAGGUGCAGGAGAUCUUUCAGAGGACCAUGAGGAGCCGCCUCGAGUCCUUCAAAUCAGCUAAGAUGGGUGUCAACCCUGCUAAGAAGAUCACCAAGCACCACAAGAAGGAGCUACAUCAGAUGUCUAAUGGACACCAACAGGGCAAGGACCAUCUAUAUGGGGAUGAAGUUGACAAUGCUGUGGGUAGUGAGACUGGUGCUGUGAAUAGUACUUUUAUGAGAGACACAUAUACAUUUGGAGCUGGCAUAGAGAAUCCAGCAUUCAUGCCAGAUAUGGAGAGUCCUAUUCACAGCCCACCCUGGCUAAUGGAGACUGAGAUGGACAUGGCUGUCGCACCCUCCCAGAGGGCCCAGAGACGCCUGCCCUGGACGCCCAACAGACUGCGGCGUUUAGCACCAAUGAGGAUCAGCACCUGCUCCACAGACUCCUUCCUGAUGGCUGAUGUUUCUUUAACUCUAGAAGAGCACGAGGAACCACCCCAGGGAGACGAUGAAAUACAACCAGUCUUUGAAUAGAAACUGGGACAAUUAGAUAUGUCACAAAGCACAUCCACAGACUUGACUGUUCCUGUACCGUCUACAGUAAGGAUGUCUAAUUCUGCUCAUGGAGGGCCACUGUCCCUCAGAGUUCAGAUCCAAACCUAAUUAAACACACCUGUCCCAGUUAAGCAAGGUCAAAGUUGGAGCUGAACUCUGUGGGACAGUUUGGACACCCCUGGUCUACAGAUUACAGUCCAAUCUAAACGAGGUGGAACAGGAGGAAUUGCUGCAGGAAAUCUCACCGAAACUGCCAUACGCCAAUGAAAUUGCAUUGGAAAAGAAAAGAAAAAAAAAAUGGAUUUUUUUCCCAGCACUUUUGUAGAAUUCAUUUAUAAUCCAUUUAGGGCGAUAUUCUCACGAUGAAUGCAAAAAGUACUAGAAAAAAGAACAGCUUUUCAAGUUUCCUACCUGUGUUGACAUAUCCCAUUGAAAAAGGAAGUCUGGGCUUUAAAGGGGGUCCUAUUAUGCUUUUCUUUCUUUAGUGUGUAAUGUUGCUGUUUAAGCAUGAAAAAGGCCUGCAAAGUUACAAAAUACAAAGUUCACUCCAAAGGGAGUUAUUCUCUGUAUCAGUAAGGACAGUUUCUGAACUCAUUGAAAUGCCCCUCAAUAUCCCUCAUUUAAAUAAUACCCGCCAAAA